GAAUUGUUGGCUCAACAUUUCGAGAGAGACUCUUUCUAAUGUACGAAUCUCACACUGUAUUCUUGCAUAUACAUAAUACUAAAAAACACUUGGUUUGGUUUAGUAUACAACACAAAUUCGUUGAUUAAACAUCAGUCGCUAAAUUACGCGCUGAAAAAAGCUAUAGUAACUAACUACAUAAGUUGUGUUAAAAGGGAAAGUAGAAUUAAGAGAAACUCUUAAAUAAAAUAAACUGUAAUUAAUAUAUUUACUUCGAUACCAAAUAUGGAUUAUGCACCCGUUCCCACUGUCGUACCGGCCAAACCCUUUGACCCGGCAGCAGAUAGUCAGUCAUUGCGUGCAGCCAUGAAAGGGAUGGGAACUGAUGAACAAGUAAUUAUUGACAUUUUAACUUCACGUUCGAAUGCUCAACGUCAGGAAAUAAAGGCUCACUUUGAAGCAGAAUUUGAUAGAGAUUUGAUUGAAGAUUUAAAAAGUGAACUGGGUGGUAAUUUUGAAGAUGUAAUUUUAGCAUUAAUGACGCCGCCUGUUGAAUUUUUGUGUAAGCAUUUACACAAUGCAAUGGCUGGUAUGGGUACGGAUGAGGAAACUCUUUUAGAAAUAUUGUGUACUAAAACAAACGAAGAAAUGCAGGAAAUAGUGAGUGCGUACGAAGCGAAGUACGAUCGACCCCUUGCCGAGCAAAUGUGUAGUGAAACUUCAGGACAUUUUAGACGCCUUUUGACAUUAAUAGUAACCGGUGUAAGGGAUGCAAAGGGUACCGUUGAUGCCGAAAAAGCCAAAGAACAAGCUGCGGAAUUAUAUGCUGCAGGCGAGGCGAAAUUAGGAACUGAUGAAGAAGUUUUUAACCGCAUUAUGGCUCAUGCUAGUUUUGAUCAGUUGCGUCUCGUUUUCGAAGAAUACAAACAAUUAAGUGGACAAACUGUUGAACAAGCUAUAAAGCAUGAAAUGGAUGGCGAAUUGCACGAUGCAAUGAUGGCUUUAGUUGAGUGCGUUCAAUCGCCAGCUGCAUUUUUUGCAAAUCGACUUUAUAAAGCUAUGGAUGGUGCUGGUACAGACGACACUACUCUAAUACGUGUUAUAGUUUCGCGAUCGGAAAUUGAUUUAGGUUCAAUAAAGGAUGAAUUUGAACGUAUUUAUAACAGGACAUUAUUUAGUGCUGUAACGGUAUUCCGAGACAUCUGGAGAUUACAAGCGUGCAUUGACUGCAUUAAUGGGCGGAGCUUAAUCGGAAUACAGCGAAUUUUACAAUUAUUAAUGUUUUUUUUUAUAUAUAUAAUUAUUAAUUCUGAGAUGUAUGUACAUUGGGGAUAUAACUAUUGGCAUUUUUUGCAAAUAUGGGAAUUGGCAUAUCAUAGUCAAAUAGAGCAUUAAAAAAUAUGAAAAAUCACAUUUUUUUUCGCGGUUGUUAAAAAAAAGUUAACGAACCAAACACAAUAAACUUUUUCUUUACAUAUUUUCAAUUAUUUUGGAAAAAUACAUUUUAUUUCUUUAUUAAGUUGUUUUAUAAUUAAUAAUAACUGGGGACAUACUUCAAAAAAUAAUUUCAAAUAUGGGAAGUAUCCCUCACACUUGCAAAAAAAAGUUGCAAUUAUUUAUAUAAUGAUUGAUUCAUCGUCGCUUAGCCCAAACCGUUAAAGCCAGAAUCACGAAUUUUUGGUACUAGAUUUCCUUGGCAUUGUAUAGAUCCACUGAGAAAGGAUUUUUGGAAACUCUAACGUUUAGGGGAUGAAAUGGGUAAAAAGUGUUAAAAGUUGGUUUAUUUCAAAAAUUGGUGUUUGUGCGUGAUGUUUUUGAUUCCAAAUGACCCAAAAAAAAAAAUAAAUAAUAGUCGUUACUUAUACAACAUUGGCCAUCACGUGGUGGUAUGCCAAAAAUUUCGCAAUAAUUAGUUAUAACCCUGAUGUACAUAUGUAUAUGUAUGUAUAUUCAUACAUAUUUAUAUUAGCAUAGAUGCAUGUUAUAUUUUGUUUUAAGUAGUAUAAAAAUGUAUAGAUUUAAUACAAAAUGAAUUUUUAAAAUAAAAUUAAAAAUCAAUUGUGUGUAUUUAUUGAAAUAAUAAUAACGCACUAACUGUGUAUAUUUAAAACUUUCUGCAUAAAAUUUGUUUAGUCAUAAAGAAUCUAUAAUAAA